AUGUCCGUCGACGUCGUGGUACCGACAUUGGAGACGCCUGCUCGUUUCGCCUUUCCAUUCCCGAAGCCAUACGACAUACAGCUGCAACUCAUGCAAACAGUGUUCAGCGCAAUUGAGAACUCCCAGAUCGCCAUCGUGGAAUCUCCUACGGGAACUGGAAAAUCUCUCAGUCUCCUGACAGCAACCCUCACUUGGCUCGAAGAUAACGAGAAACGGCUCGGAGCUUAUACCAGAGACGCUCUAGCCGCAAAGCUGGCUGCAGAAAACAAUGGAGACCCGCCAUGGGUGAUUCAGCACAUACUGGAUAGGCAAAUAGCGGAAUAUCAAGCCACUCAGGAUCGCCUGAAAGAGAGAAUGGCAUCAGCUAAGGCCAGGGAGCGUGCUUUGCUCAAGGAAUCUCGCCGUCAAAAAGGUCACGUCUCGAAGAAACCGAGACUGGACCUCUUGGGAGACGAACGCUCAGAAAAGAGAAACGAUGCGGACGAUGAAUUUCUGCCUAUCGAUCGUCUUGGCUCUGUUGCUUCACAGCAAGUUGCGGCAGAAGAUGGGAUAUCGGCCGAAGUGAGGGCGCUCAUGAACCAAUUAGAAGCUGGAGCUAAACCGAAAGCAGAAGACGAAGAGGAAGUAGACGUGCCAAAGGUCUUCUAUACAUCCCGAACCCAUACUCAGUUGAGGCAAUUGACGUCGGAACUGCUAAAGACGGCUUUCGCCAGACAAGAUCGAGCCACCGGCGACGGGGGAAAUCCAGAACCGAACGAAGAUGAGAGCUUGCCGGUCAGGUCCGUGCCGCUUGGAGGUCGUGCUCAGCUGUGUAUCAAUGCGAAAGUAAGGGAGAUAGGUCGCAUCAAGGGCGGAGACCGCAUGAAUGAAGCCUGUCUAGAUCUACAGAAGUCUGACAGCAAGACCGGGCGAUGUUCGUACCUGCCACCAAAAGAGCGGGAGGAUGGGAUGCUCGACCUUCGUGAUCAGAUUCUGGCCGAUCCGAAAGAUAUCGAGGAUAUCGUCGAUUUGGGCACAGCACAAAAUGUAUGCCCUUAUUACGCGACUCGUCGAAGUGUCAAACAAGCUCAGCUCGUAACGCUGCCUUACAACUUACUCCUCCAAAAAAGCGCUCGAGAGGCUCUGGGUUUCAGCCUGAAGGAUCACGUAGUCGUAAUCGACGAAGCCCACAAUCUAAUAGACACCAUCCUAAGUAUCCAUUCGAUCGCGGUACCUGUGGACCACUUAGAAACAGCAACAACCCAGAUUAUGACCUAUUAUGAGCGAUUCAAAAACCGUCUCAAACCGAUCCAUGCGGUUCACCUGAAACAAUGUCUGGCAGUAAUCCGGGGGUUGACAUCCAUCUGCAAAGAAUGGCUGGGGGAUACGCCAGGUACCGGUGGGACCGCACAAAAGGCGAAGGCGAAAGAACAACUCUUUCGCGUCAACGAAAUCACGUCGCAGUUGAAGGGCGGAGCCGACCAGGUCAACCUGAUUGAGCUAGUUCAAUAUCUGAAGGAUAGUCGUCUGGCGCAAAAAGUGUCCGGCUACGCUGAAAAGGCCGCGCAAGACUCAGUGCAGGACGCCUCUGUGCACAACAACAUCUCGGCCUUCCGCCAGGUCGAGACUUUCCUGCUGUCCUUGACCGAGGCGAAUGAGGAUGGCCGGAUCUUGAUGGUCGCAGGACCUGGACCCUUCGGAGCUUCAAAAGACGCCCAGCCGAAAUUGAGCAUAUCGAUGCGAUACAUCCUCCUAAACCCUGCGGAGCAUUUCGGAAGUGUCGUGCAAGAGGCUCGCAGCAUCAUCUUGGCUGGAGGCACAAUGGCACCAGUAGACUUCCGGCAGCUGUUCCCAACCAAGUCGGAACAGCAGAUCGCGACCCUUAGUUGUGAUCACGUCAUACCUAGAGAAAACCUUCUGACCCAGGUGAUCACGCUUGGGCCCAGCAAGAAACCUAUGGAGUUCAAGUUUGAUAGUCGCAACGACGACGGCUUGAUCUUGGAACUAGGGGCUCUCGUCUCCAGUAUGAUCAACUUGAUUCCAGAUGGUGUUGUCGUCUUUCUGCCAUCGUAUGCAUUUCUCGCAAGGGUCAAGUCGAUAUGGCAGCAGAAAGGACUGCUGGACAAGCUCGAUGCGCGCAAGAAAUUGUUUUAUGAGCCCCAAUCCAGUUCGGAUGUCGAAGUCGUCCUCCGGGAGUAUGCUAAUGCGAUCGAUAAUCCUGAGCCUGGUACGAAACGUAGAGGUGCCCUUUUGUUGGCUGUCGUUGGCGCGAAACUCUCGGAAGGUAUCAACUUCAGCGACUCGCUCGGUCGAGGGGUGAUCAUGGUCGGCCUGCCAUUCGCGAAUACCGGGUCCGUCGAACUCAAAGAACGUAUGCGUUAUGUCACGUCGCUUCCUGGAUCGUCCAAGAAUGCUGGACAAGAGCUAUACGAGAAUCUCUGCAUGAGGGCGGUCAAUCAGUCGAUCGGUCGUGCGAUCCGUCAUCAGAACGAUUACGCCUCCAUCUUGCUCGUCGAUCAAAGAUACGCGCAAUCGAGGAUAUCCGGCAAGCUACCGAAGUGGAUCGGGGAGGACGUCAAGGUUGGGGAUUUCGGGAGCAGUAUCCGGAACUUGGCCGCCUUUUUCAAGGGAAAGGCUAAGAAGUCUUGA